AUGAACUUUGUGUGUAUUUUCAUCAGCGUGCCGUUAGUUUCUGCUCAAUUCAAAAGAUAAAUUACUAACCGAAAAAAAAAGUGAUUUUUUUUCUAAAUUACUUUAAGUGUACUAUUAAUGCAGAUUGCACAUCUUGCUGUAGCUAUAUCAGUCUUAAAAUACGAUGCAAGGUGACGUUGUGGAAUAUUGUGAUGAAGUUGAACCUCGAAGAAUGCCUAAACCGGCGACUGCAUUUGACUCAAGACCUUUCCCAACGGUUCCAGAGGUGUCUCUAAUUUUAGAACAGCAGAAAAAAAUGGAAAGGUCUACAGAAAAUAACACGCUUCAAGUCACAUCCAGUAUUACUCAUGAUGCUGCUUACAAAGCAAGUGAAUCUUAUACAGCAUGGAAAGAGAAACAAUUUCCUCAAAGAUCAACUAUAUCACCCAAUCGUUCGCAUCAAAUUUAUUCAUCUACUCACAAUGCCAGUGCCUUGCAAGAUCCUCAAAACUAUAAGAAUUUUCCAAAAUCCCACAAUCAGCUAGAUAACAGAGAUUAUAAUACUAAAUAUCAAAGUUUGGAAUAUGACUUUCCAAGGACACAUCAAGUACCAAGAGUUCCAUAUGAUUCUUCAACAAGAGAAUAUAAUGCUUUAAAAGGCUUAAGAAAUGAGUCACCUAAUAGGUAUAAUAUUCAAAAAAACCAUGAACAUUUUUCAGAUAGUAAUAGAUAUACUUCAAAUCAUUCAUCUAACCAUCAUGAACUUAAUUAUCAUAAUACUGAUAGCCAUAUUAAUAGAAACUGUGUACCAAGAUAUAAUGUUGAAGAUGGAAGAAUUAGUCCUAUUGUGGAACAUCUGCCACAUCGUCUAUAUGAAACAGGCUUUGAGGCUUGCAACAUGAAACAAAGACCAAGAAUCUACAGAUCAGCUUCUUUUUCAAAUACUGAUAAUUAUACUCAUAGACACAUGCCAUUAGAGCAUGACUACGAUUUAAAACAUUCAAAAUCUUUGGAGCCAUAUCAUUACAAUUCUCAACAUUCUUGUUCUCAUUCUCAUUCAGGAUGUUGUUCAGGAAAUCACAAUAAUACUAAUAUAGAAACAGAAACUGUGAAGAAUCUGUUACAAGUGAUUACCAGUCAAAAUGAACAAAUAAAAAACUUACAGAAACAAGUAGAACGUCUUUUGAAAUUACAUGAACAAACUUUGAAAGAGAGAAAACAAUGUACAUGUCAACCAAAUGGGAUUGCACAUCCUAAUAUUCAGUUGUAUGAUCAAUCACAACCUGCAAAUGGAUCCAUUGUACAUAAUAAUUUUGUGAAAGAUAAUGAAAAAUGUUUUCCUGAUUUAAAGCUACAAGAUGACAAAAAUAAGAAAACUAUUUUGGAACAAAAGGUAUCUAUUGGAGUCAUGACAAGUUUUGAAUUAAAGGUUCAAAAUAAUCCAUCUUCAAAUGCAGACAAUCAAAAUCAAUCAAAGCAAAAGAGUAGUCAAGACAAAGUAGUUUCAAGUUUAGAUCAUACCUCUAAUAUUCUCAAGACUCUUGUUAAUGAUACUGGAGAAAUGAUUAGAAAGAAAAAAUCAAAUUAUUAUAAUCCAACUGCACUUGAAAAUAUUAGUGAAGGUUCAGAAAGCCAUAUGUCAUCUUUUCGACAAAGCCAUUUGUGUUCAGAUACUACAAAACAAUCAACUGAAGCUCAAGACUCUACCAAAAUUCCAUAUACUGAGUCUCAUAAUGAAAAUUCCAAACAAAAUGAAAUCAUAGAAUUGCAUUCAGAAUCCAGACAAAACUUGAAUAGGUUCAGUAAUAGCAAUCAUAGAAAUUUAGAUAAUUUAGAUUAUGGAAUUGAAGAAUCCACUUAUAGGGAUACUAAUGAAAUUAUAAACGAAGCUGCAAAUAGAUACAAUUUUCAGUAUGAUGAAAUAAGAAGUUCACCUCAGGAAGCUUUGAAAGAGAAACAGUGUAACCAAUUUAGAUCAGAUGAGCCUUUAGUAAGAGAUAUCAAGAAAAUGAAAAAUACCAAAUGUGAUAAUUUAGCAGAUGAAUGUUUGAGUUUAAGUAGUAGUGAUCUGGAUGUGGAGGACUUGAGUCCACCAAGUCCUGAACCAAGCAUUCACUUAGAUAUGCAAGAAUUUUCAGAUGAAGGUGGAAGUUUGCCACCUCAACAAGCUCCUAAACCAGGCUGGACUUUGUAUAACAAUGUGCUUGAUCAAGUAAAUCAAAUCUUGCAAAACUCGCCUUUAAAUGACGAUAUAGAUAACGAAUCGAAUGAUGGUAUCAAAAAUAAUAAGAAAAGGGAGUAUGACAAUAACGUAAUCAUGGAUACUGUUAAGGCAGCUACUCUAGAACAACUGACAAAACUUGGGAUCAGUUUUUCGGAUAAUGUGGAUCAAAGAGAACCGGCCUACAACAAAAAGGUAGUCUUUGAUGCAUCAUCUUAUCAAAGACAAGGCCCUGAAACUCACUUUGCUACAGCAAGUGCCAGCAUUGAAACCAAUACGAGUAUGCACAUGAAAGCUUUAGCUAUGAAAUAUUUUAAUGAUGAGCAAUUAGCAGACUUCCAAAAGUCACGAUCCGGUACGAUGAAGCAUAGUUCCAGUGGAAUGCAAAACACAAACAUGUCUUUUGCAACGAUGCACUAUUUGCAGCGGUACCAUUUACUUCCUGGUACUAAUUCUAGUCCUAAGAAAGAAAUUCCAAGAGAACAUUAUCGAGUGUCAAGCCCAGGUAUGAACGAACGAAUAGUAAGACAAACCGCUGAAAGAAGAGAACCGAGUCCUCAUAGAUAUGGCCCGUUUACGGGAACAUCAAAAGUCAGUUAUCCUAGUAAAAUUUUAGAUAUAUCAACUUUGAAGCAACAGCCGAAGCUUUUGUAAAAUAAUGUUUUUUAUUACGUUUAUGAGAUUUGUAUCUAGAUGAUUUAAAUAUUGUUCAUCGUGCCUUAAUCGACAGUUUUAUACUUUUGUACAAUGUAGAAUUUAAGAUCUUGAAAAAAUAAAAUUGAU